UCUCCUCCCCUCUCUACUAUCUCUUCAGCAUUCCUCCUACUCUGCUGUCUGUCUGAAAAGUGUUCAAUCACAGCACAAGGGGCCACUCCAGAUGUCUAUGGGGUCUGUUGGAGCUACGCUGCUGCUGGCACUGCUGACCUUGCACUGGGCACUGGCUCCAGGCUUUGCAGAUGAUGGCUGCAGUGGCUUCAGGCAUCUUGAAAACGGUCGCACGUUUUUUCGUUACGGGGGGCUGUACGUUACAUUCAGUUGUAACCCAGGCUUCAGGAUCCACGGCUACCGCACUAGCAGCUGUGUGUCUGGGCAAUGGGCCAGAGAGCCACCCCUGUGUGUCGCUCCAGGAUGCCCCAGCCCUGGUGAGAUCCUACAUGGCAGCAAGGUGGUUUCCCCCGAUGUCGCGGUGGUCCACUUCACCUGUGACAGUGGCUUCAGGCUCUUCGGCUCCCCUCUGCUCUACUGCAAAGGGAAGAGGUGGAACGGCACCAUGCCUGUGUGUAAAGAGUCAGACAUUAUGAGCUCGUUCCAGCUGAAGCAGACAUCCUUGAACCCGAACAGUCUGCCCAGUCUGAAGAGCCAUUUCGACACUAUUGCUAACACAGCCGCCAAAGAGACAUUUCUGAAACCCUCCCUUCUUGGGGUCCCUCAGUCCAACCCCUUCCUAACUGGAGAUGUGCCGAAGGUUCUCCGGAAACCUCCAGAAGAAAAAGCUGCUAAGAAACACUGGUCUGAUAAAGCCACUACACAAAGUAAGAGAGGGACUGUGGGACUUAAAGACACCAGACUGCACAUUGUGAGAAAUCCAGUCCAAAUGGUAGAUCCUCUUGUCCAACCACUACCUGCUGCUACACCGGUGGAUACCACAACAGUCUCAACAAACAGUCUAACACCUGCUCCCUUGUUAUCAGGGCCUACAUCUUCUAUGGUCGCUCUAACCAUAUAUGAUCAUGAAACACAAAUGUCAUUUAAACGGCUUGAUCAAAUGCUUUCUCCAUCACCCAAUGGAAAAGAAGAGAGAGAAAACCAUUUCACUUUAGCAACAGCCAGGGAUCACAGAUAUUUGCUUACAACUUUGCCAGUUCUGAGUGUAUCAGGGAAAAAAGAUCUCGACAUGGUUGCAGCAAAAUCUAAUUCACAAGUCAACACAAGCAGUCCUGCCAUAGGCUUCAUUGGGCAUACAUCUACAAGGUCUCCAGAAAUUAAGGAGAGUGGAUUAUCUUAUAAUAUCAAGAAACCAAUACAGCCUUCUCCCAGUGAAGGAGAUGACAUCUCUAUUGCUACAGUUACAGUGAAACGAAAUAGUGUUUUUUCUCCAACCAGCUCUCCUGACAUAGCAGUACCUAAAAAUGGAACCCUUCCCUCAGUAACCUCUCCAAAACCCUUUAUGGUCAGUACUCUUCCAUUCAUCCCUGCUGUGAUCCAUGAUGAAGAGCCUGCUUUUCAGGGAAGUUCAGCAACAGAGGCUGAUGAAGAUUUACUCCUUAGGACCGAAGUGCUGACAGCAGCCACCCAGCUGGCCCCUGCCCUGCGCCUGACAGGGUCUCCAGAUGUUAUUACAACUAAAGAUCCUUAUUUGCAGCAUCCACCAAACAUCAACAGAGAAAGAGAGCAGACAAAUGUGGAUAAGGUUUUUGCAGAGCCUAUUGAUGCUCAUAAACUGUCGGUUGGUCACAUCGAUGGAGAAUUAAAUGAAGUAUCAAGAUUGGGCAGAAUCAGAACUGCAAGCUCUAGUCCAUCAGGUCUUAUUCUAAAAAACAGAACAUCAAUGAUCAGCAGUCACACCCAGGAAAAUGCAACAAACAACCAAACUGUAAUUAAACAAACACUGGACUUCACCACUAGGCACGAUCUGACUCUCACCACUUCAGAGAUCCUAGGAUUCUUAGCCAGAAAACGCAGGCCCAUGUGCCCUUACCCUCCCCUGCCUGCUCACGGAACGUUCUAUUUCCGAACAAUAGUCAACCCUGCCCCGUUUCAGUAUAAGCAUUAUGUCCAGUAUGCCUGUUACCCUGGUUACACACUGGCCAAUGGGGACGUGUACAGCUACUGUCUGCAGGAUGGGCAGUGGAGUGGAGUCACACCCAUGUGCAUUGAGGAAACUCCAUGCUCCUUGAACAAUGGUGGGUGCUCUCAGGUGUGCCAUGUGAACGAGCAGAAUCGAGCUGAGUGCCACUGCAAGGCUGGAUUUCUUUUACUGGAGGACCAGCGCACCUGUCGAGAUCUGGAUGAGUGUGUGGAAGGCUUGCACCAGUGCCAGCAGGCCUGCGAAAACACCUUUGGCUCGUACAGGUGCAGCUGUAGCUCCGGAUUCCAGCUCUCUGCAGACAGGAUGUCCUGUGUCGACGUGAAUGAGUGUGCACUGCCUGCUGGUAGAUCGCGUUGUAUGUUUGGCUGCAUUAACACGCCAGGCAGCUUUCACUGUCAAUGUCCUGCAGGGUACAGUGUGAACAUCACAGACGGACAGUGUACAGAUAUAGAUGAAUGUAUGGAAAAUGGGGGUCGCGGACUGUGCGCAAGCGCGUGUGUGAAUACUCCAGGCUCUUUCCACUGCACCUGUCCAUAUGGGAACCAGCUAGCUGGGGAUGGCAAGGCUUGUGUCUCAGCGUGUCCACCAGGAUACAGGAAACCACUUUCUGAUUCAGCAGUGGAAAAUUCAACCACAGAGCACUGCAUUGAUAUUGAUGAGUGUGAGGAGAUGGAGCAGAAGCAACAGGACCAGCAGGACAGGUGUGAAUGGAAGUGUGUCAACCUGCCAGGUACACACCACUGCGUUUGCCCACGGGGAUUCACACAGCAUCCAGACGGAUUUCACUGCAAGGAUAUAAAUGAAUGCACACUGAAGAAUGGGGGCUGUUCCCACUUCUGCAUAAACCAGAGAGGAAGCUACAAAUGUGGCUGUCCAGAAAAUUACCGUAUUUCACCUUAUAACAGAAGAAAGUGCCAGCCAGUUCACACUUCACUAAGGACUGUAUCUUAAUGUAGUAGGUAUUAUCCUGCUCUUCACCUAAUUUAUUUACUCAUCUUUUCCUAAUUUAUUUACUCAUCAACCUUGUAAUAAAAGCGGAAAUACUGCAUACA